CAGAUUUCGCUGCUUCUCUUUGGCUUGUCUCUCAGCGCCAACAUGUGGAUCCAGCAAACGACGAUAUCCAGUGUCAUUAUCUGCACCACAGCUUUCGGCAUGCUCUUCUAUGCAGUCACUAUCUUCGUGUCAGUGUGGCGUGCAGACAGUCCUUUCCAGACACCAGGGUCGGAGAUAGUUGGUGCUCUCUGCAAAAGAUGCCUUCAAGUCAGAUCAACGUUGACUCAUAACAUAUUCAGUAAAUCGUCCGCUAUACGCUGGAUCCUGGAGACAUCAACGAACCCGGAAGUCGUCGAGGCUGCGGCUGCGAUGAUACCUCUCACGCAAUGGUCGCGGGAGCUUGAUGCUUCUGCGGCAUACGCACGAUUACGUGAUAACUUCUCGGCGUGUCGUGACAGUGAAGAACUGUUUGUGAAGUGUGGCAAGGCCAUGGCCCAUCUUUGCAGCCAGUCGGUGAAAAUCCAUCGAGUGCUUCUGUUGAAAUCUUUGAACAUAUGGCAUUAUUGGGGAGGCAAGAGUCGCUUUCUUCGUGAUGCGUUCAUGGAUAGCCGCCUCGCCUGCCAUCAGCUCAAUAAUACAAAGGAGGAAGAUGCUCGACGGAAGCAUAAGGCCGAUGUACGCACCGCUCUCAGAACAAUGGUUGUCCAUGGAUUAUUCGAUCGUCUUUCACUUCCGGACAAUGAAAAAUUGAUUUGGCAGGGUGAUCUGCGAUGGCGUCACAGCAAUGGGCUCGUCCCCGGCUGUGAAGAAUUUGACUGGCUUAUCGAUUACCUAGUGGAUGAAGCGGACGACGAACCAGACGAAGCAACGCAAGGUGAUGCCCUACUCGUGCUAAAUGCCAUGCGCGGACUAGGAAGCUCUGCCAAGCAACAAUCGUACAUCAAAGCGCUUACCCUUUGUAUGGGCCCCACCAGACCUCCCCGAGUCCGACAUGCUGCACUUAAAGCCAUUUCUGACGCUCGAGGAGAAAUAGUUUCUAUCACCGACAGCCAUGACAAUGCAAAACUCCUGGAUGACCUGUCUUGCGCUCUUUUCACUGCCGUAUGUCCCAAUCACGACCAGACAAUCCACGACACCGGACCCGAUGCUUUUUUCAACGCAGAUCGAGACCAUUGCUACUUCCGCCUCGUCUUUGCCCUAGCAAAGCACGACGAAUGGCGCCAACGUCUGACCCGCGAUGGCCAUCUCGAGCGUUGCAUUUCUCUGUUUGACGAAGUUUUGGAAUGCGAGACAUGGACUCUCGCAUGCUACCUUAUUGGGAUCUUCAUGCGCAUCGAUCCCUCAGACAGGGUUCUUCCUUUCAGCCCUACGAAGGAGAAGUGGCGGAUGAUCGUCAGAAAAUCAUGGAGGCACACACGCUAUCUCAUGCUGCGCGACUUUGUCGAGACGCUACCAGCCCUCGUGACAGUGACGAGACAGAAUUUUACAGGCUCGAAUGAUGGCGUUUCCAGCGAGGAGUUAACAGAUCUCGCCGAAGAUGUGCAUCGAUAUUUGGCCAAAUUGCAGGACAGACAAGCAAUCCUUGUGAAUAGUGAGGCAGAUAGUCUAUUUGACGUUGCGCUAUCCUCUGUACAGGGCUUGUACGACGAUCUAAGUCAUAUGAUUGAGACCCAGAAGACUUCGUAAAGAGACGACCUGUCUUUGUGGGCAAUAUUGCGGAAGAAUGUGCGGACACACCAGGAUAUAUAUAUAUACAUUAUCUUCAUCUAUAUAGUCAAUCUAGAACACCUUAGCUACCUCCUGUAUACGCUACAUAGUUAUCAC